AUGACAGUGUUGACGACAAUGAACGCGAGUGGGACAUCGAAGGGAAAGAGGAGCUCUUUCUCGGCCACUGCUGAACAAGUCUACACAUGUUGUUGUGGACUGCAUGUCAAGCAAGGUGUUCAAGUGAUCGCUGCAUUUUUCAUCCUCUGCGUCAUUCUGUUCCCAAUGCAAUUUUUUGACUCAAAGUUGCGGCAUCGACUCGGCUUUGACCCGUCAAUCGCCGCCAAAUUCAUCCUCGACUUUGGUCUUCUCUUUUCGGAGGCUUUCUGUGCGGCGCUCGUUUUCGUUGCCAUUCGAUGUGAGGCGAAAAAGCUCUUAUUGCCUUUUAUGUAUUCACAGUACUUUGCCAUGGCUUUUUCACUAGCAAUGGCAGUGAUCUUCAUCUUUGAUGUCGAUGCCUGGUUGGGCGAGUUUCGGACACAAAUCGAUAACUACGGGUAUCACAAAACGCGAUUGUUUGUAUGCAUCGGUGCGGCGAUUGGCUGUCUCAUUCACAUUUUGAUUCGUUUCUGGAUUGCUGGCAUUGUGAAGAAAGUCGAUGGAUUGAUCGAGACAAUGGCUUCAACAGAAACAGGAUGUCAGCAAACGCCAUCGAGUUCCCGGUACUCAAACGGAGCCUCAUCAUCGGCCGCCUCGGUACAACAACGACAGAUCAUAAAAACGCCUAGGGUCAUAAAUCAAUUCUACAAGCUCGUCUCCGACCCGCAGCUGAAAGGAGGGCGAAAGCAACUUUAUCGAACGUUGGGCAAAGUGAUCUCGACGAAUCCGGAAGAUGAAAAGUACAACUGGAAACCGACGGAUGGCCAUUAUGAUCGACGACAUCGAAAGAAUCGAGAUCCACCAGAAGUUGUGAUUCCAAUAUUUAAAAUCGACGCAAACUAUGUGACAACGCCGCCCCAACGUGAAGUAUGCAUAUCGGGACUAAACGACAACAUAAACGAGGAAUUCUUAACAAAAACCGCCAACAAAAUCGGUGAGCUUUUGAAAGUGCACGUCUACUACCAUCCGGACACGCAGAAAUACUUAGGGGAUUGCACUGCUUAUUUUCAGAAGACCCUCGUCGGCGCUACAAUUUUGCCAGGAAUUCCACGGGAAAUCUUUAAUGGGCAACCGGCACUCGUUUCACAAAAGUUUGAGACUUCAACUUCACAACCUUGCCCGAUUCCUCAUCAUUUACGAGACAUGGAAGAAAACCGAUUGAUGAGAUUACGAGAAGAAAUGCUGACUCAACAAUCACCUCAAGAUUUUCGUGAAGAUGAUCAAAAGUCGGAGCCGAUGGAGUUGGAGACCGGAUCGAUGGAUUCACCAAAAAGUCCUUUGCUUUCCUCCUUUCAACAAGAAGACCCAAGAUCUCUACCUUUUGAGCCAAGUCCAUCAAAAGCUGUUGCCGAUCAUCGAAUCAACAAUUUCUCUCAUCAACAAGGUUCUCAACGAGUCACCCCACCAUCAGAACGAUUGGCGGAUGAUCGACCGAAUAGUCGAAUACAUCAACUGCCUCCAAGUAUCUCGCUUCCGACUGCAAUGCCGCCAAAAGCACCACUAAGCCCCCAUCAUUAUCCCACGAAAGAAGAACUUCCUCAACUCAACUCGUCACGAGUGCUUUUUGAAGAGGCUUCGAGUAAACAACAGAAAAAGGAUAGUGGACGAAAAAGAAAACGGCAUAACCGACAUUCUUCAUCGUCACCAUCAUUGAAUGAAGAGAAGAAAGAGGAAAUUUGGAGAGUCAAGCGGAAAUACAUCAAACGGGAAGAAGAGAGAACAGAGAUUGUGAGCCGAGUGACAAUAACGAAAAAGAAAACGGUAAAACGAUCACUUUCACCAGUGGUUCCUGGAGCAGAAGCGGUUUCGGAUUCGUCAUCUUCAAGCAGUUCUGACGAGGAACAGCUGCAUCGUGGCCUUAAGACUUUGUUGGAUGAUAAACGAUGGUUUAAGAGAAAAGAAAGAAGUCGAGAAGAUACCAGCGAGCAUGCACGUGGCACACACCAUUGGACGAAAGAAAUCGAGGAAAGAAGAACUCAAAACGACCGAAAAACCGAGCCGAUUCAUCGCGAGAAAGAGCGGAGUUCGAGAAGUCGCGGAUAUUCUAGACAAGAUCAUGCUCGAAUUCUCGAUCCAUCACCAAACACAUCGGUUGUCUGCUUUCUUCCCUCACAAACAACUUUUGAUGUUUCGAGUCUACCUCUACCACCCGGCCCACCACCUCCAUACUCUGCAAUUCAACAAAUACCGCCGGCAUCAAAACCCGAUGAACGAGUCCCAUCAGUCGUUUUCCCAAGAGUUCCCUAUGUACCAGUUCCACUUCAUAUGGUUGAUUUCUCUGUGCCACCGCCCACAUUGAAUGGAGUCAUACCUCAGAGACCGCCACCUCCUGAAAGUGUCACCGACGCACCAAAAGUCUAUCAAAGAAUCGAAGAAAUUGCCGGGAGAAGUUAUGUAGACGAAACAUUGCCGCCCCCUUCAAAACCAAAAGAAACACAUCCAUUUCCGAACAGUCCCGAGCCACCAGUGACCCCGGUGAAGCCGAAAGUUCAUGAAUCACCGAGCAAACCGCUACUACAAGUGAAAGAAGAACCGACGAAACGAGGAAAUUACAAGGACAGCUAUGCGAUCGAUUUGAAUAAAGUGAAACCGCCGGUUGAACGAGAAGAAAAACCAAAUGAGAUGAUUAUUGCAAUGGCGACCGGUGAUGCACUAUCAAAAGCGGCGAAUGAUUUGGUCAUAGCUGUUCAUCGAGAUUUAAUGAAGAUCGGCAAGAGAUGGUGGGAGAGAAAUAAACAGAAGGCACUGGAGUCUCUCCGAGCGACGAUUGGCUCAGAAGAUAAGGACAAAAACGAGAGCUUAUUGAGUGCUUAUAUUAGCCCGGUAAAAUUGCAGAACAAUGACUUUUCAAUGCCAAAGAUGCCAAGUUUCCGAAUGAAGAAAGUUAGUCAAGACUUUGAAGAACCUGCCCCGACUUUACCGCACUCAAGCUCAACGUCAUCACGAGAUAAUGACUCGGAUUCGGUCACAACAAAAGCUGAUGAGGAUUAUAAUAGCGAUUUGACGCAGGUGGAUUCUGAAUCCGAAUCGAUUGACUCUUCAACGGCUUCUUCUUGUUUCACCAAAUCAAAAGCGAGUCCUCUUCCCGAAAGCGAAGAACUGAAACGUGAUGCCAAACUUGCAACACUUGCCCGAAUUUUGCAUGAAAAGGACCUCACGAGAUCCCCGGCCUCGAUUGCUGACGAGGAGACUACGGAAAUGGGAUUGCUAGUUGUGAAAGAAACCGACGACGACACUUGCUCGAGGGGCGGGAAAACCCUUACAGAAGCGGCCACGAUUCCCCUGGGCAGGCCCUCCUCAACUACAUCUGCACCUACCAAAAAGAAAAACGCCAAGGCGACCCGACUCGAGAAAGAGCUUAACGCUUUACUACCGCCGGCGGUCAACAAGAAGGAUCUACGAGCGGAAACUCCCGAGGCGCAACGACCGAAGAAAAUUCAGAAGAAAUUCACCAAACGAACACUUGAAACCGAGCGACAAAUCACCGAGAAUCUGGUUUUGCUAGACACCGAGGACCAGGAGUAUCUGAGAAAAUCGUUGGCUUUGAAACAAGCAGAAAGAGAGGAGCCGAAAAACUUCUCGGAAUUUGGCGAACACCACUAUCGAGCAUCGACAUCUCAGGACUAUUACGUGCCGUUUGUGCCCUGUGAAACCGUGGCCACUCCGCGAAUAUUGGAUGUACCGACAAAAAUCAACGGUCUCGAGUUGCACUAUGACGACAGAACACUGGCUGGUGUGCGACCGGUGGAUGAGGGGUGUGCGAAAAUUAGGCCUUAUCAAAAGUUGACGAUCAAAGAGAAGAGGAGUUUGAUUCGACGCCCCGAUGGAAUAUCAGACCUCCGAAUGGAUAUCAGUCAACAGGAUGAAAUCGCGAUGCGACACCAGGCGCUGAUGUCACGUGAACAGAAACAGCUGGCGCGGAAGCUUCUCGCUGACACAAAUUCCGAACUUUUCAAGGCCAAUCAAUUACGGUACCGAAAGAAGAUGAUCAAAUUUGCGAGGUCAAAGAUUCACGGAUGGGGACUCUAUGCAAUGGAGACAAUAGCACCUGAUGAUAUGAUUGUUGAAUAUAUCGGACAAAAGAUUCGAUCGUCGGUUUGCGAAGAACGAGAGGUGGCCUAUCAGAAACGAGGCAUGGGUGACAGCUAUCUCUUCCGGGUUGAUGAAAAUGAGGUGAUUGAUGCGACUCAGAAAGGAAACGUGGCCCGUUUCAUCAAUCAUUCGUGUUCUCCGAAUUGCUAUGCACGAGUGGUGACCGUUGAUGGGGAUAAACGAAUUGUUAUCUACAGUAAAGGUCUGAUCAACAAAGGAGACGAGAUCACCUAUGAUUACAAAUUCCCGAUAGAGGACAACAAACAGGAGUGCCUGUGUGGAGCGCCGAAUUGUCGAGGCACACUUAAC